GGAGAUGUGUGGGAUGUGGAAGUUGAAAAAGAAUGUGGGCGAAGAAGUCUUGGCGCUAGACAAGCGAGACGGUGUUUGAUUGGUGACUAAGGUGCUUUAUGGGCAGCCUUUACCUAGAUAGGUAAGUAAGGUAGGUACCUAGUUUUCAGCCUUGCUGUGCUGUGCGUGCUGCCAUCACCGAGAGCGUACCCGCAGCAUUGAUUGGAGCACGCGAGGCAGGUAAGGUAACCACUAACUACUAGCUACCUCACUCACUUUGAGUCAAACGGCGAGGGACUUGGAUCUGAUCAUGAAUAACGUCGAUUUCAAGUGGUCCUGAUGUUCCCAAGGAGGGUCCAUGUCUGGAGAAGUCACCCUUGCUCAAACUGUCCAUCGCGACAUUUCAGUAUGGCCCUGUCCAGCAUCCCAAAACUUGUACCCUUUCCGGGAGCGUCAUGGAGGACCCAUAUUGUUGCGGAAGAAUGGGACGCUUGUCUUGAUGCCUGGAUUGCCCUCGCUGGAGCUCACCUCGCCUUGUCCGCUCCUGAAUUCGCUCGGUCCUCAACGACCGAUGAAUCCUUGCUGGUCUUCCUCACCUCUUAUGCUGCGGCAACAGCAGUACCACAAGAUACUACAUCGUCUCCAAACAGUCCUAAGGAGAAACAGGUACGGAAGCUGGCCUACCUGUUAUCAACUCGACUUUUGGAUUCCCAGCACCCUCCUAAGCCAACCCUUUCUUGGGAGUUUCUUGCAGAUCUUAGCAAGAUCUAUGGGCAAAGUAAUGGUGGGAAACUAUUAACUCUUGUUUGGACCCGGCAUUUGUCUUCCUUGGAGACCUCUCUGACUUCUCUCAAGAAGUCUCUGAUAGAUGGGCUUGAGUCCGGACUCGAUGGAGACUUAAAGACUGUUGAGUCGAAACUCAAACGCUUGAAUCAUCUACUCCAUACAGCUCCUCGGACCGCUACCCUUUUCAUGGCUGGAAGCGAUUUUGUAGACUCUCUCAUCGGUUGCUUCAAGAUAAUGAACCCUCCCUUGCGAAGAUCUAUUGUCUCGACUCUGUAUCUCUGCUUGAUUGGUCUCACGGAUGGAGAGAAGCCUAACCUCUCCUCACUAGUUGACCAGCUUUAUUCUCUGAGAGCUGCAGCAGAUGCCCACAAGGCUGGGCCUACAAAUGUCAAUGAUUCACUGGUAGCUGAGUUGGUAACCGAAACGCCAAUUCUCAAGCAAGUACAGCAGCGACUUGACACAUGUGGCACUGGAUCAGCAAGAGCAAAAUCCGUCCUCAAGUCUCUAGCUGAGUUCAAGAAACCGUACAGCAAUGGAAGGCCAACACGGAUUAGCAAGGAGAAAGUCAACAAAGGUAAGCUGAGAGCGAUUGAUUCAUCAGAUCACGGGAAUAUUCACGUCCACCGGAUGAGCUUGAUUUCCCAGGUCCAGGACCUAUUUCCGGAUCUUGGAUCGCGUUUCAUUGUCAAACUGCUCGAUGAGUAUGGAGACAAUGUUGAGCAAGUAAUUGGUCACUUGCUGGAUGGGUCUUUACCACCAUAUCUUAAGAAUGCUGACCGGUCAGAAGAGCUUGAUGCAAAUCAUAAAUACAUACCGAAUAUGGUACCUAGUUCUACACCUCCGCAGUUACCAACUCGCCGGAAUAUUUUCGAUGAUGACGAGUUUGACCAACUUGCUGUUGAUACGUCAAGGUUGUAUUUCGGCCGUCGAAAUCCCGACAAAACAGCAGAUGACGUUCUCCAAGAUCGACUGAAUGCACCCAGCAAAGCAGCGAUUCUAUCAGCGCUGGCAGUCUUCGACUCAGACGAUGAUGAACGCGACGAUACCUACGAUGUCGAAGAUGUAGGAGGCACUGUGGACUCCGCGACACCCGGAAACAAUCCCGAAGAGACCAAUAUGGAUGUCGGAGGUGCCCACGACGAAGCUCUUUUCCGAGCAUACAAGUCAACACCAGAGCUUUUUGGCCGUGAUGCCGCAACCCGCAGAGGCGAGCGUAGACAAACCCUUAAAGACGACACGGGAAUGACAGACGAGGCUAUUGAGGGCUGGGGGCUGAUGCUAUCAAGGGAUCCCAGACAACUGAGACGACUGGAAGCGAGAUUUAUGUCUUUCACGGGCGCUCAACAAGUUUUGGGGUCCUCGUCAUGGAGAGCUAGUCCUACUGGCUCUGGUACCGAAGACUCUGAUAAAACCAAUGACCGUGGCAGGGGAGGCAGGAUUAGAGGCGCGUCUCGUGGGGUUAGGGAUAGAAGCCGUGGAAGUGUCGCUGGUCCCGCCGGCGACAAAGAAACUGAGGCUGCUAGGAAUCAGAAAGAGGCCAAUAAAGGCUCGAGAGCAAAUCACAACCGGAGAGACCAAAGGGCUCGUAAAAUGGCUCGAGGAGGUCUUCCUGGCUAGUUUUGUGGAUACCGUAAAGUCGAUUGAUAGAGCAAUAUAUCACAAGUACGACUUAACCGGGGUUGGUUAUUUCGGGGAAACGUGCAUGUACUGGAAAGUAACGAAACA